AUGGCCUCUGCUGAUCAACAAGUCUUCCUCCUUGAUCUACCUCUCGAGCUCCGCAAUCAGAUCUACGGAGAACUCUUCUUCCCGUGCGGGAAAGAGCCUGCGGAGCUCAUCCAGGACGCACUUGGGCUUGCACGCACGGCAGUCCGCCAAAUCUUCCCAUACGACGUCAGUCUCCGCAAGAAACCCAGAUUUGAUACCGCCAUUAUCCGCACCUGCAAGCAGAUCCAAGACGAAGCCGAGGAGGUUCUCUAUGGAACAUCCUCAUUUAAUCUCAUGUAUCCAGACUGGAGCAAUAACGUCAAAGUCUCGUAUAAGUUUCUCGAAUCUCUCGUGCCUCGAAACCGAAAGAGAAUUCGCAGGAUAGAGAGGAAGUGCUACUCGAAGAGUGACCGGGACACCAUCUCACUCACGGACUGGAAGCUUUUCAUGACGUUCCUAAGCAGAGAGUGCCCGAAUCUCAUCUCGCUGAAGCUGUGGGGUCCUGGUGACCGUCACGAGGCGCCUCAGUGGAUUGAGAGCUGCCAGCGGGAGAAGGAGUGGGUACAAGCGAUAUUGCAGAUCAAGACACUGAAGCACUUUGAUGUUCCUGUCAUCAAGGGUGGCAUCAUUUACCAAUACCCGGAGUUCACUGGCGACUUCCUCCCGUGGCUGAAAACUACGCUUCUCCAGCCUGCCAAGGAUCACCCUGCAGCGCAACUGACGCAGACCGACAACGUCAAUCGAUCUCCGCACCAGCCGUUUCCAUUGAUGAGGUUACCAGUGGCCAUACGUCAGCGCAUUUACGGCCAUGCCCUUCUGCCGCCAUCGAAACAUGUGCAUCCGUACAUCCGGCCAUGGUACGACCAAACGACUCGCAAUCUCAUCCCCCUUCUUCGAACAUGCCGCCAAGUCCGCGAAGAAGUCGAAGAAGCUUUCUAUAGUACGGCUGUAUUUACAUCGUUGAAACCCAUAAAGUACGAUACCGGCCUUCUCCACUUCUUCCGCGGUACACAAAACGCCCUGAGGACUGUAAAACAACACGACGGGCUUCCACUACGAUUGCGUGGGCUGAUUCGGCAUGUACGAGUCGAGAACGCAUGGUCCAUACGAUUCUAUCUGCUUCACUUCCUGGCACAAGGAAUCGAAAGCUUGCAAACCCUUACGUUGGUCCUCGAUAACGAUAGCGUCGACGACUUAAAUGCGCUCUUCGAGGGUGGUAUGCCACGGCCAUGGGACCCUCAAGACCGUUUAUCUAGGAUUUCCCCCGGAAGGCGUCGGUAUUCAAAGCUCUGGUCGAGAAGGUUUUUAAGGCAACUGGCUAGGAUACCGGGCGUCAGGAUCAUGAUCGCCGAGGGAAGAGCGCUUCAUCCGGAUGUUAGACCUUACCUUGAAACAGGUCUGAGGAGUAUCUAUCUGAGUAAAGAAAUUGAUGUGCUGGAAGCUUGGAUUAUCGACGACCAGCCUUUAGGAGGGAAGGAGGCAGAAUAA